CCGUUCACAAGUAGUCUGAUGAAAUGACGACGGUCUGUUAAUCUGGGAGUUCUUGUUUCUUCCCGCGCGACCUGUCCCUUUGAACUGACUCACGCGAUGGACUAGACCUUUACGUCCAUUCCGACAGCCGGGUACGCCUGCGGCUGAGCGCGUUUGUCUGUGUCUGUGUCCCCGCGUUUCUUCGUCGUCUUAACAUCUCACACCAUGGCCAGCCAACAGCUGCCUUCGGACCCCCUGUCCACGCUCUUUCCCUCCCUGGAGUUUCUCCGCGCAGAUGGACGCCGGCCCCACGAGCUGAGGGAACUGCGUUUCUCGACUUGCGUUCCCUCCCUGCUUCCUUCGCCGUCUGCUCGCCCUGCUUCCGCCUCCGACCCGCGAAAAGCUGACUCUUCAGUGGAGAGCGAAGAGAACAACCUUGCUCCUUUUGCCUCUGGUGGCGUCGGCACGCAUGCGGACGGCCGUAGCUUGGUCUCCUUCGGCAGCACGAAAGUGGCUGCGUUUGUCUUUGGCCCCAGGCCGCUUCCCGCGGGUGCAGGCAACGCAAGUCGAGCUCUGGUGUCGGCCUCUGGUGGCGGGUGGAGCGAGCGUGGCGUCCUCGAGGAGGGCUUCGACGCUUCAGGUGCGGACAGCGUACUCGGCCAGGGCGGGGCAGCAGGCUCUGGAGGCGCAGCGGAGCGCGCGUCCCUGCUCUGUCGCGUAGGCAUCGCCCCCUUCAGCGGCGACUGGCGGGCAGAUGUGACGCGGAGUGGAGGAGCUGCAGAGGAACAUGAAGUCGCUCUAGGUGUCCGCAAAGUCGUCGAAAGUGUCAUCCUUGCAGAUACCUGCCCGCGGUCCCUCAUUUGUCUGUUCGUCCACGUCGUCGAAAACGACGGAGGAAUAUUGGCAGCGUCCAUCAGCGCCGCAAGUCUCGCCCUUGUUGAUGCAGGCAUUGCCACGAAAGACUUCGUUGCGGCAAUGUCGUGCGUGUACAUGCCUCGUCAACUGACGCCUCUUCUGGACCCUCCUCGAGCUGAGCUACAGACUGGGGCUCCGAGUCUGACUUUGGCGAUGCUUGUGUCUUCUGGUGAGGUGUCUCUUCUUCAAUUGGACGGCCAAGUCUCCACUGACGUCUUUGAGCAGAUGUACGAGGCUUGCGCAGCAGGAUGCCGAGAAGUCGGGGAGGCAAUGAAGGUAACGAUACUAGAAGCCGCGAGUCGGCGGAUUCGUUUCGGUGAUCGUGUCCUUAAAUGACGAAAGACGAAAAGGGACCGCAGGCAGAAUCCCAACAAAACUGCCUGCUGGCAAGUUGGCGUGUGGAAACGCCACUUAUGUCUCGACAUUUUUACGCUUCCAAGUCGCUCUGCUCUGCCGGCUGCUGCACUUGAGGUUUGUCAGUGCCCGCUCCGUUCUCCGGCGAACGCCCUUCGUGCACUGGGAUCCUCUUCAUUUUCGCGUUGCAGUGGUCCGUUAAUUAUCAGGGUCUUUCAGUUACUCACCUAUAUGCGAUGUUGUUAACGAACCAUCGCCAUGUUCAAGAUGCAGGCAGUUGAAUUUUUUCAUGGCGCGUUGCAUCACAGUCGUCUGUGAAAUUUCUGAGCUACUCGGGCGUAUUCAGUGACUGUGAAGCUUUUGACCGAACUGAGACGAUCUGGAUUUUUCUGCUCGCUCGCAAACUUAUCAGAUACUUCGUGUCGGCCGCCUUUAUAGUGGCUAAUGAUCAACCGAGGAGGAGGUUUGCUGAGUUGUGCAAUUGUCAUGCAACGGGGCACUAGU